AUGAAACAUAUGCUUUUCCUACUUGUGACUUUCAAGAUUAUAAAAAAGAAGCUGAUAAAGCUACGAGAGAGAAUGGGAUUUCAAACAACACACAAUACUAAGAAGUCAAAAGAUGACUCAAACAACGCUCAUGAACAACAUCACUCUUUAAUUCCAAAGGCACUCAACUUGACUCAUCAUACUUUAACCACAAAUAAUGCCAAAUUCAUUCACUCUCGCUAUGAUUCAUGGCUGGAAACACAUCCUUCAGCAUUGAGAUUAUUUGAUAGAUUGAUGAAAGGUGUCAACGAGAAAAGGAUCGUCAUAUUUUUAGAUUACGACGGUACCUUAUCACCCAUUGUAAAUGAUCCUGAUAGUGCUUUCAUGUCUGACGAGAUGCGUGCAGCAGUAUCUGAAGUUGCUACUUAUUUUCCAACAGCAAUAAUUAGUGGAAGAGGCAGAGAAAAAGUAAAAGAUUUUGUGAAGUUAAAUAAUUUAUAUUAUGCUGGAAGUCAUGGUAUGGACAUAAUGGCACCAUCAGUGCCAAUUAACCAAUGUGACAUCACUACUCUUCACACAAAUGGCAAUGGAGUUCCCUUUCAACCUGCCAAGAAAUUUUUGCCUGCAAUUCAAGAGAUAUUAAAAAGAUUAGAGAGUGCAAUAAAGAGCAUAGAAGGUGCAACUAUAGAAGACAACCAAUUCUGUAUCUCUGUACAUUUUCGGCAGGUUCAUGAAAAGGACUAUAAUGUUUUGGAAGAGAAAGUAAAGUCUGUUCUUGAAAAAUAUCCAUUGUUUUGCAUGACGGAGGGUAAAAAGGUUAUGGAAAUAAGGCCAUCAAUAAAAUGGAACAAAGGAAAUGCUAUAGAAUAUUUUUUAGACUCAUUGGGAUUAAGCAAUUCCAACAAUUUUCUUCCUUUGUAUAUUGGGGAUGAUAAAACUGAUGAAGAUGCUUUUGAGGUUAUACGAAGUAGAGGGCAAGGUUAUCCAAUUAUAGUGUCAUCAACUCCAAGAGAAACAUGUGCUUUGUACUCUUUGCGUGACCCAUCAGAAGUACUAAUCUUCUUGUCAAGGCUAGCAAAAUGGAGGAAGAGGUUUUAA